AUUUGUAAUUAUGAGUAUGAAAAUCAGUAUCUGAUGGGCACUUAGAGUGUAUUAUGAAAAUAUGCCUUAGUCUUGUCAACAUAUCUUGACGGCAGUAACUGGGUUUGGUACUAUAUUACCAACCAAAGAAGCGUCAUUCAACGACUCUUAAACUGAGUUGAAUCUGACUCAGAAAAAUAUAACAUGCAUAUCCCUAGAAACCAUAAAGAAGAAAGUGGGAAAAUUAAACUUUAAAAAAACCAAAAAGAGAUUUAUGGUCUUUGGACAAAUGUGCAAAAGUCUAUUAAAUAUAUUCCAAGUCAUCUAUAGAUUGGGAAGCUUCCUGAGGGCUUCCUGGAGAAGUGGGUCCACAGUGGCAUUUGCCAAUGUGAUUUAUGAGGGAGUGAUCCACGUGGCACUUUGUGCUGCGUACAAAGUGGCUGGACCCAUCUUGAUAAGAAAGGCCAUUACUAAAGGGUGUAGUGGAGGACCCAAAUCUCAGGGAAAAUACUAUAAAAGAAAAGUUAAAACCAUCAAGAUGGCAAAACCCUCAGAAUAUUCUCAAAAUGCCACAGGAAAUUUCUGUAAUGAUUUUAUAUUAAAGCCCAAAAAGCAAAAUCAGCCUCUCUAAUUUUCUCUAUAUAUAUGAGCCCAAUCAGCCACCUCCUAGGAAUUCAAUCUCCGCAGCAAGCUCAAUUCUCUCCAAACAUGUAUGCUUCCACUUCCCCAUCUGUACAACUCUUCCAAGACUUGGUAGGAGAUUUUUACUCAAGGAGACUGCUACUUCACAGCCCUCUUCACGAAUCACCAGCCACUGCAUCUCCUCCAGCCACUGGAAACAGCCACGACUCAUCGGAGCCAUACACCGGAAGUAAUAGCUUUGACACAAAUGUUGUGAUGGUCCUCUCAGUCCUCUUGUGUGCCUUGAUUUGCUCACUGGGGUUGAAUUCUAUCAUAAGGUGUGCGCUCAGGUGCUCCAGCCUAGUCGCCUCCCCCGGCAACAGCCCCUCAACUCGGCUGGCCAACACAGGAGUCAAGAAGAAGGCCCUAAAGACUUUUCCAACACUAAACUACUCAGCAGGACUGAACCUGCCUGGCCUGGACACCGAGUGUGUUAUAUGCCUAUCAGACUUCACCCCAGGGGAACGCAUAAGGAUUUUGCCUAAGUGCAACCACGGUUUCCACGUGAGGUGCAUUGAUAAAUGGCUGAAUUCACACUCCUCCUGCCCUACUUGCCGGCACUGCCUGAUUGAGACAUGCCAAAAGAUUAUAGGAUGUAGUCAGGCAAGCUCCUCAGAAACACCCCCACCAUUGCAGGAAAGCAUGAUCAUUGUCCCACUAGAACCUGAAGGUUUCAGUCGCAAUUACCGGGAAGUAAGCUAAGUAUAGUUCUAUUGACUGUAUCAUAUGCUUGCAUGGGGCUUAGCCUAAAAGCAAGCAAUACACAGCUUUCAUUAGGGGUUACAUGUCAUACAACCCACUAGAAAUGUAGUUUUGCAAUUGUACAGUUUUUAUAAAGUUGUACUUUGUAUAGCCUAUUUCUAAGUCCUUCAAAUUGCUUUAUACAA